UCUACCAUUGUAGUGCAAUGGAGGGAUGGGGUGAGAAGAGGGCCCAGUGCUGUAAUCGAAUCCCAAGCCUGGCCUCCGCCGCUAACGUCACAGACGAGCAACAGUGCGUCACCACAUUCCUCCCAUGACGUCCGCGCGUGAAGGCAAGAACUGGCCCACCGGGGAAGGCAGAAGUCUUAAAGAAGAGAUCUUCCUUUCUCGUCCUUUUUAUUUGGAAGGAAAAAAAAGCCUUAUUUAUUAUCAUUUCCCCACUGUUGGCAUGGCAACACAGGCGUAUGUUACUGAGCUACAGGCAGCUCCACAACCAUCCCAGCCGCCACAGGCCCCACAACAGGCCCAGCCCCAGCUGACACCACCACCACCAGCGGCGCCCCAGCCUCCCCAGCCACCCACCGCUACCACCCCCCAGCCCCAGUAUGUCACGGAGCUCCAGAGUCCCCAGCCCCAGGCACAGCCACCGGGUGGCCAGAAGCAGUAUGUGACGGAGCUCCCAGCCGCCCCAACGCCAUCACAGCCAGCCGGUGCGCCCACCCCAACCCCAGUGUCCCAGCAGUACAUUGUGGUCACCGUCUCCGAAGGCACCAUGCGGGCCAGUGAGACCGUGUCGGAGGCCAGUCCAGGCUCCACGGCCAGCCAGACCGGAGUCCCCACUCAGGUGGUUCAACAAGUACAGGGCGCCCAACAGGGCCUCUCUGGGGAAGCCGGCGUGGCUCAGGCGCUUACUCUGCCCCCGCAGCGACUGCUGGUCCAGACAAGUGUGCAGGCCAAGCCAGGCCAUGUGUCACCUCUUCAGCUCACCAACAUCCCUGUGCCCCAGCAGGCUCUUCCCACACAGAGGCUGGUGGUGCAGAGCGCUGCCCCCAGCAGCAAAGGCAGCCAAGUCUCCCUGACGGUGCAUUCACCCCCCGAGCGGUCACCAGUGCAGACCAACAACUCCAGCAAGACAGCCGGGCCCCCCACAGGCACGGUGCCACAGCAGCUGCAGGUCCAUGGUGUCCAGCAGAGUGUGCCCGUCACCCAAGAGAGGACAGUGGUCCAGGCUACUCCCCAAGCACCCAAAGCCGGCCCUGUGCAGCAGCUCACAGUGCAGGGGCUUCAGCCUGUCCAUGUGGCCCAAGAGGUGCAACAGCUCCAGCAGGUGCCUGUGCCACACGUAUACUCCAGCCAAGUGCAGUAUGUGGAGGGUGGUGAUGCCAGCUACACAGCCAACGCCAUCCGCUCCAGCACCUACCCCUAUCCAGAGACACCGCUAUACACGCAGACAGCGGGUACCAGCUACUAUGAGGCUGCGGGCACAGCUGCCCAGGUCAGCACUCCUGCCACUUCCCAGGCGGUGGCCAGCAGCGGCUCUGUGCCCAUGUACGUGUCUGGCAGCCAGGUCGUCGCCAGCUCCACCAGCAGCGGUGGAGGGACCAGCAACAGCAGCAGUGGCGGAGGCAGUGGCGGUGGGGGAGGCAGUGGUGGGGGCAGUAGUGGCGGUGGCAACAACAGCAGUAGCACUGCAGCUGGCACCUACGUGAUCCAAGGUGGCUACAUGCUGGGCAGUGCCAGCCAGUCCUACUCCCACACCACCCGUGCCUCACCAGCCACCGUCCAGUGGCUUCUGGAUAACUAUGAGACAGCUGAGGGCGUGAGCCUGCCAAGGAGCACUCUCUACUGCCACUAUUUGCUGCACUGCCAGGAGCAGAAACUGGAGCCUGUCAAUGCUGCCUCCUUCGGCAAGCUCAUCCGCUCCGUCUUCAUGGGCCUGCGUACCCGACGUCUCGGCACCAGGGGCAACUCCAAGUACCAUUACUACGGCCUGCGCAUCAAGGCUAGCUCACCCCUGCUACGACUAAUGGAGGACCAGCAACACAUGGCCAUGCGGGGCCAGCCCUUCUCACAGAAGCAGAGGCUCAAACCGAUCCAGAAAAUGGAGGGCAUGACCAAUGGUGUGGCUGUGGGGCCACAGCAGGCCACUGGACUUUCGGACAUCAGUGCCCAGGUCCAGCAGUACCAGCAGUUCCUGGAUGCCUCCAGGAGCCUCCCUGAUUUCUCAGAGCUCGACCUCCAGGGCAAGGUACUGCCUGAGGGCGUGGGGCCCGGGGACAUCAAGGCCUUCCAGGUCCUGUACCGGGAACACUGUGAGGCCAUCAUUGACGUCAUGGUGAACCUACAGUUCACCCUGGUGGAGACCCUGUGGAAAACCUUCUGGAGGUACAACCUCAGCCAGCCCAGUGAGGCGCCACCGAUGGCUGUGCAUGAUGAGGCAGAGAAGCGGCUGCCCAAGGCCAGUCUGGUGCUGCUCUCCAAGUUUGAACCUGUGCUGCAAUGGACCAAGCACUGUGACAACGUGCUGUACCAGGGCCUGGUGGAGAUCCUCAUCCCUGACGUGCUACGGCCCAUCCCCAGUGCCUUGACUCAAGCAAUUCGAAACUUUGCCAAGAGCCUAGAGAGCUGGCUCACCCACGCCAUGGUCAAUAUCCCCGAGGAGAUGCUUCGGGUGAAGGUGGCUGCGGCUGGCGCCUUUGCGCAGACACUGCGGCGAUACACAUCGCUCAACCACCUGGCGCAAGCUGCGCGUGCUGUGCUUCAGAACACUGCACAAAUAAACCAGAUGCUGAGCGACCUUAACCGCGUGGACUUUGCCAACGUGCAGGAGCAGGCCUCGUGGGUGUGCCGUUGCGAGGAUCGUGUGGUGCAACGGCUGGAGCAGGACUUCAAGGUGACGCUGCAGCAGCAGAACUCACUGGAGCAGUGGGCGGCCUGGCUGGACGGCGUUGUGAGCCAGGUGCUCAAGCCCUAUCAGGGUAGUGCCGGCUUCCCCAAGGCUGCCAAGCUCUUCCUGCUCAAGUGGUCCUUCUACAGCUCUAUGGUGAUCCGGGACCUGACCCUUCGCAGCGCUGCCAGCUUCGGCUCCUUCCACCUCAUACGGUUGCUCUACGAUGAGUACAUGUACUAUCUGAUUGAGCACCGGGUGGCCCAGGCCAAGGGCGAAACCCCCAUCGCUGUCAUGGGCGAGUUUGCAAACCUGGCCACCUCACUGAACACUCUGGAUCCGGACAAAGGGCCUGGUCCUUGUGCCCCAGACGAGGAGGAGGAAGAGGAGGAGGAGAGCGAGGAUGAGCUGCCACAGGACAUUUCGCUGGCGGCUGGUGGAGAGUCACCUGCGCUGGGCUCCGAGGCCUUAGAGCCACCGGCCAAACUGGCACGGACUGAUGCGCGCGGUCUCUUCGUGCAGGCUUUGCCCUCCAGCUAAGCCCAUGACCGUCCCCAUCCCACUUGCCUCCCCGCCCCCAUCCCCCCGCUGCCCCUCUACGCAGGGUCCCUCACAGCUUCUAUGACUUCACUGUCACCGCUCCAGCCUAGCAGGGGAGGAAGGGGCUUUGGAGACAGGGAAGGCAGGGGGGGUCCCUCUCCUGUGGGGCCAGCACAAUCAGGGCCGGGCGGAGCCGCAGCUGCAAACUGACACAAAAGACGUGCCUUAAGGAACCCGCCGCUGUGCCCAGGUGCCCCUUGUGGCAGCCCGCUAGGCCCCUUGGCCCAAAGGCCGCAGCAUCUCCUUCCCCUAGCUCCGCCCUCCCACCACCCCAGGGGCAGGCAGGCAGGCCCCCUCCCCUGCAGAACUGUUAACUUAUUCAGCUCGCUGGCUUUGCACAGCCUGUCCUAGGCCCAGCCCUGAGCCCCGGGUGGGCACAGGUGGGUAUCACCUGGGGACUCCCCACUGUCAGCAGCAACCCCAGGACCUUCUCCCCCAACAAUCCACCGCUUCCCCCUCCUUGGUAUAAGUGCAAUUAAAGCCGUGGGUGUUGAUUCUUCUCCAGAGCUGGGUCCUCCCUUGCCCCGCAGCCCUACAGGGGGGCACUGCCUGGCCUGGCUGGGGGGAGGGUGGCAGGGGUACUGUGUCCAGCUUCCAAAGAGCAGCAGGCUGGGCCAGGCAGGAGAGCCUGGAGGGGCCUGCUGCAGACAGUGGGGCAGGAAAUGCUGCACUGGCACUGCCAGGGCUGGGUGCUCCGCUCCCUCAUAUCCAAGAUCCCAAUCCCCCUGGCCCUCCCUGCCGCCAGUUUGUAAUGGAACCUCUGUGCUCCUACUCUUUGUGGAGACAGACUGUGCUUCUCCUUUCUCUCCUCUGUGCUGUGUGACAUCCCCCCACCCCCUACAACUAUUGUGCGAUUUGUGAGCGCUGCCUAAGCGGAGUUGGUAACUUGUUGGUUUUUUUCCAACCAUCAUGGCCUUAUCUGUUCCGGUUUUCUCAGUGUUUUCAACCUGUGAGAUAGAUGUUUAUGGCAAAAACAAAACAAAACAAAAAAAAACAAAAAUCUGACCUAUUGUAUAAAAAUCACUAUUUUGUGUGCUCCGCGUGCUACAGCUUUUGGGGUGGUCCACCCACUCCCAUUCACAUGGCCUCAGGGCCUCCCCUCUCCUUGCAGUGAAAGGUGCAAGUGUCCAAGCGUGUGGUAGUCUAGUGUGCUGAGCUGUUUUCUACCUUUUUGUAGUCUUUCUUAAAACACAAUAAAUUCCGCUGUGAUAUUUGGCUAUUGCUGAAUUGCUGGCCUUGGUGGGGGUCUGAGGCUUGAGGGCUCCAGCAGCAACAAGGGGACCACAGUCAGGUUCAGAAAU